CGGAACAGUACUAAUCUAUGGCAUUUCUGUCCACUUGCAAUAUUAUGAUAUUUUUUGUUCUUCCAAUAUAUAUUGAACUACACUGAUCUAACAAAAGCUGGACAUAAAUAUAGCACAGAGAGAUCAGAGAGAGAGAGACGGAGAGAGAAGAGAGAGAGAGAUGGGAAGAGGAAGAGUGGUGUUGGAAAGAAUAGAGAACAAGAUCAACAGACAAGUGAGUUUCUCAAAGAGGAGAAAUGGUUUGCUGAAGAAAGCUUACGAGCUAUCUGUGUUGUGCGAUGCAGGAGUGGGUCUCAUCAUUUUCUCAAGCCGUGGAAAGCUCUAUGAGUUUGGAAGCACUGACUUGGAUAUGAUUCUGGAGCGCUACCGCCAAUUUUCUUACUCCUCUCAAGACAGCAAUAAUAUUGUUGGAGAUGAAGCGCAGUUGCAGGACUUAAUCCGGGAGAUUCCAAAACUGAAGCUCAGAUAUGAAACUCUUCAGCGGGCAGAGAGGCAUUAUCUGGGAGAAAAUCUCGAGGAGCUUAAUCUGAGAGAUUUGCAAAAUCUUGAGAAACAGCUUGAUAGGACUCUAUCACAAACUAGACAGCGGAAGAAUGACAUGUUGGCGGAACGAAUGGAAGAACUGCGGAAAAAGGAGAGCGAUCUUUUAAAAACACACAAUCAGCUCACGUCCAAGCUCGAAGAAGAAGAAGAAAGAAAAGCUCGGUCAAAUAUGGAAGAUCAAGGGGAUCUUAACAUAGUACUCUCUGGCUCUGGCAACAAGGGGUUUAAACUGCACUCAACACAACCAAAUGGUCACGUUGAAUCUCAACUUGUCAUAGACCAAGGGUAUUAUAGGUCUAUGAUCCAAGAAAAUGCAAUUGAUCAUCAUGAAGCAAGGACCAUGGCGAGUGGGAUUAAUAGCCGCAACCAGGAUUGGCUUCUCUGAAGUUUCAUGAAUUUAUAUCACAUGAUAUAUAUAUAUAUAUAAAUAUAUUUAUAUAUUGAUGGGUGUAUUAAUAAAUUAAUUAAUGUUUGUGCAAACAUAAUAUAUAGUUUGAUGUGCUAUAAUUUGUUUCUCUGGUUUAGUGUGUGACUGAUCAGUACUAAUAAGUAC